AUGCUUCCUCGUUCCUCGUCACCCUGGCGCCCUGCCGCCGGCCUUUUCGCCCAGGCCCUGGACUCCUUCUUGAACUCCGCGUUCAAGCUACAAAUCAUAACUACUGUUGACCCCAGGGGAGAACACGUCGGCAACUCCAAGCAUGGCUUGCCGGAGCCACUUCCACCUCGGACGCGAACACAAACCUUGCUUGUACUUGAUUCUUCCUUCAAUCCCCCAACCCGCGCCCACCUGCAGAUAGCGGUGUCCGCGGUACGCGACCUGAUGCAAACCCGAAGACGGAAUCUAGAUACCGUCCGGUUACUCCUACUACUAUCUAUCAACAACGCCGACAAGGCAGCCAAGCCGGCCGCCUUUGAAAAGCGUCUCGCCAUGAUGUGGGCAUUUGCGGGAGAUGUUCAGCGGGACUUGCUGUCAAUGGGUGCUUCUAAGGAUGGCCUAGAUGAGGGAAGGCAAACGAACACGGCGGAGGCAGAUGCGAUAAGUGUGGAUAUCGGGCUUGCGACGGCGCCGUACUUUCAUGAGAAGAGCGCGGCGCUCGUUGAGGGAGGUUUCUACAACGGAGAAAGCGCUGGGAUUGAUGAGGCGCCCGCCGAGACCGAGCAAGUUUUCCUAAUGGGCUACGACACCCUCAUUCGUAUCCUCAAUCCUAAGUAUUAUACCUCACCGCCGCCACUUACAUCGGCUGGCGGAAGUGGCCUCCCGGCUCGCGGGGCAAUCACUACAGCUAUGCAGGACGCCCUUGACCCCUUCUUCACCCGCGCCAAGCUCCGCGUUACGAUGCGGACAGGCGAUGAAUGGGGCGAGGUGGAGGAACAGAACGCGUAUAUCCAUGACCUGUUGAACGGGGAGGGGCUAGAGAAAGCGGGUGGGAGGAGGGACUGGGGGGCCCGAUUCGAGAUAGUGGAGGGACGCAAAGUUGAUGGGGAUAUUGUGAGCAGUACUUAUGCUAGGUCGGCUUCAAGAGAGCGGGACUGGGAUAAGUUGGACUUGAUGGUCACCCCUGAUGUAAGGUGGUUGAUUGAACAGGAAGGCCUUUACAACGAGUGA